UCUUUUAAACAAGUGAGCGAGAGAGAGCGCAGGGCCGUGACGAUUAAAAGCCACACAAACGCGCAUACACACACCCACUCGGGUCGACCUACCACUGCCUUAAUGCCUUAAUUUGUGGAGAUCCAUGCUUCUUCUUUGACGAUGUAAACCGGAGUGUGUUUGACAUCUGGUGCCUCUCCCAUCUGAACACACACAAGGACGCGAUCACUCCAAGUGUAUUUAUAGAAGAAAACCAGGUGCUUUCACAAUGAUGACAGGGAUUUCAGAAGUAAAGAAGAAAUGGGCCGCAGUUCGGGGUCGCCUGGGCUCAUCGCAGGACUCAGACACGCAACAGGAAGCCAACUUGGAGAAUGCUGAUCCGGAGCUCUGUAUCAAACUUCUCCAGGUUCCCACUGUGGUUAACUAUUCUGGCCUGAAACGGCGCUUGGACAGUAGCAACCAAACAUGGAUGGUGCAGUUCCUGGAGUUGAGUGGCCUGGAUCUCCUCCUGGAGGCCCUGGACCGCCUUUCGGGCCGAGGUUGCUCCCGCAUUGCAGACGCCCUACUGCAGCUCACCUGCAUCAACUGCGUCCGUGCUGUCAUGAACUCUUCGGCUGGAAUCCAUUUCAUCAUUGACAAUGAGGGAUACAUCCGGAAACUCUCCCAAGCCUUGGACACCUCCAACACGAUGGUGAAGAAGCAGGUGUUUGAGCUACUUGCAGCCCUCAGCAUGUUCUCAACAGAGGGCCAUCGCCUUGCUCUGGAUGCUCUGGAACACUACAAGGGCGUGAAGACGAGUCACUAUCGCUUCAGCGUGAUCAUGAACGAGUUGCAGGCCACAGACAACGUUUCAUACAUGGCGACGCUCCUCAGUGUCAUCAACGCCCUCAUUUUCGGCUCCGAUGAUCUGAGGCAGAGAGAUAAGAUGAGGAAGGAGUUUAUCGGGCUCCAUGUUCUUGAUAGUCUACCAAAAUUAAGAGAACAGGAGGAUGCAGACUUGAUAAUUCAAUGUGAAGCUUUUGAAGAGGCGAUGGCUGAAGAUGAGGAGGAGCUCUUACGACUGUAUGGCGGGAUUGAUAUGAGUAACCACCUGGAAGUCUUUACAACUCUUUUUAACAAGGUGAGCAGCUCACCUGCUUCUCUCCAGCUUCUGUCCAUCCUGCAGACGCUUCUCCUGUUGGGGCCAAGCCGCUCGGAUAUCUGGCUAGCUCUGGAGUCCGUCACUAACCGAGCCAUACUGCUGGCCCAGGACUCCGAGAUAGGAUCUUUUGAAAAGAUCAUGGAGCGUUUGGUGUUCUCCAAGGGCAAGUUGUCUAAGGGUGGUCACGAACUGGAUGGCCAGCCAGCCAGAGUGGACAAGGCUUCACAAACUAGUCUGCAAGACCCAAAGCAGCUGGAGAAAUGCUCAGCAUCACCUCAGAAGCCACUCUUUGCUCAUCCCCCUCCACUGCCGCUUCCUCCGAAUAUGAUUGAACCCCAAGGUUCUCUUCCAUGCCCACCUCCACCACCGCCACUUCCCCCAAAUACGACUCUUCAGUGCCCACCGCCGGCGCCUCCUCCUCCACUCCCUGGUGGAUUUGGUGGACCCCCACCACCACCUCCGCUACCUGGAAUGACUCUUCCGCCACCACCGCCUCCGCUACCUGGAAUGACGCUUCCACCACCACCGCCACCACUACCUUACGGUUCUGGCACGGGUCCCCCACCACCUCCACCCCCUCUGCCAGGUAUGAGCAACGGCCCACCGCCGCCACCCGCCUUACCCGGCAUGGCGCCACCACCUCCACCUCCCCCCUCGGGCAUGAUAGUGGCUCAAAGCAGCCACGCUCUGGGCUGCGGCAUACCCGCAAAGUUUAGCCGAUGUCCCACGCUGAGGAUGAAGAAGCUCAACUGGCAGAAACUGAGGUCUGUCACUGAUGGUCACUCCAUGUGGGCUUCAGUUCAGAAAGAGCCUUCUUACGAGCCGGACUACGGCAGUAUCGAGCAGCUGUUCUGUCUCCCGGUGACCGAAGACAAAGACAAGGGGGCAGCUGCUCCUGUCAAGAAGGAGCCUAAAGAGAUUACUUUCAUGGAUUCCAAGAAAAAUCUGAACGUAAACAUAUUCCUGAAGCAAUUCAAAUGCUCAAAUGAGGACUUUGUGAUGAUGAUUCAGAAAGGUGACAGAUCCAGGUUUGAUGUAGAGGUGCUAAAACAGCUCCUGAAGCUCCUGCCAGAGAAACAUGAGAUUGAAAACUUGAAGUCUUUCCAAGGAGAAAAAGAAAAGCUGGCAAAUGUCGACCGUUUCUUCACAUUGCUCCUCAAUGUCCAAUGUUAUCAGCUGAGGAUUGAGUGCAUGCUGUUGUGUGAGGAGACUGCAUCAGUGUUGGAAAUCCUCCAACCUAAAGUCAAGCUGCUGGAGGAGGCCUGUCACUCUCUCAGGGCAAGCACGCGCAUUCCCAAUUUUUGCAGGCUCAUCCUUGACGUGGGCAAUUUUCUUAAUUACGGAAGCCAUACAGGAAAUGCAGAGGGAUUCAAAAUCAGUUCUCUUCUCAAGCUUACAGAGACCAAAGCCAACAAGAGCCGCAUUACGCUGCUUCAUCACAUCUUAGAGGAAGCAGAAGUAAGCCACCCAGAGCUAUUGGAAUUGCCAGAGGAUAUUGAAAUCUGCCAAAAAGCUGCAGGGAUAAAUCUGGAUUUUGUCCAAUCCGAAACCAACGGCUUACUUAAACGACUGAAUGAGGCUUUGAAGAAAGUCUCCAAUUCUUCGGAAGACAUGAAGCAGCAAUAUGCAAAGGUUAUUGAGGAAAAUCUGGAGGCGUGUCAAGCUUUGAGUGAAAGAUUUGUGGACAUUGACAAGAAGAGGAGUGAACUAGCUGUCUACUUUUGUGAAGAUGCCAAUAAGCUGUCGCUUGAAGAGCUUUUCGGAACAAUCAAGACUUUCCGGGAACUUUUCAUCAAGGCGCUGAAGGAUAAUAAGAUGAGGAAAGAGCAGGCAGCCAAAACUGAGAAGAGAAAGAAGCAACUGGCAGACGAGGAAGCCAAGAGACAGAAGGGAGAGAAUGGAAAAAUAAUCAAGAAAGGCUUUGUGCCACAGGAUGACGGCUGCAUAAUCGACCACCUACUCGCAGACAUCAGGAAGGGUUUCAGCCUAAGAAAGACCAGGCCAAGGUGCGAUUUGGAAAGCCUCCCUCAUAGUGAAAUGAGUAGGGAUACCUGCCCACCUGGGUCAAGUGUGAAGCCUGCAAGCGAAAAAGCCGCAGAAGUGGCUUGCACCGUUUCCGCGCCCAGCACACUUCCAACAAAGGCUCACCAAGCCAGCACAGGCGAAGCGAACGGUUUUCUCAGCUCCCCAAACGAGACUCCCUCGACGAAUACGGAGCAAGCGGCGGGGGAAUCGGCUUCGAAGUCAUCCCCGGGAGGUCCGACAUCGCUACAGGAGGAGUGUACCUCAACUACGCCUACAGCACCCCAAACUAAACUUGAGCUGGAACCUCAAUCAAGUGCCCUCACAGAUGUCGAAUCAACCGAGACCAGUCUGCUCAGCCCAACCUCUUUGUCAGAUUCUGACCUGAUAGAUGAUGCGUUGGAUGAAACUUCGAGCCAGGUAACUCGGAAGUUAACACCUAAGGAGCCAGCGGACAUUAUUGUGAACGUUCAACUCGCAGUUUCUGCGAGUGAAGGGAAUCCAAAGGCACAAGAGGACCGGAAAACUAUUUGUUUAGAAGGGGCUGAAGAAAAAGCGGCAAGUCUCGAAUUGCAUGCUGUCAAAUCAUCCGGGAAGGAUGUGGUGGUGAGCUGCACACAUGCAGACCCCAAAAGCAAGCAAACUUAUACGGAGAGCAUCUUGGAAUGCGACGGCCAGGGUGCAAACAAAUCUCAAGCUGUGCCAUCGGAGUUUGAAGAGGAAACUCCCACUCUAAACCCAGAACCAAAUAAACGGCCAAGCUUCUUUAAACGCAGCAAAAAGAAGAAUUCAGGUAACAGUGGGACAGGACACAUUAAACCUAAAAAGGGCUGUGUGGUGCAGUGAGAUUCCAGAAAAAGGAGAUCAAGAGGAAAAAGAAAAAGUUGAUAUCACCGCAGUUGUGAACUGGCAGGACUUCAGAAAACGGAAAAUAAUAUUUUUGUGAGAUUACAGAAGAUUGUUUUGUAGACCAAGAAGAGUUUAUAAAGUCAUCCGAGGCUGGGCCGACUUUGACAGCACUUUGGAUGUAAACAUGUCACUUUAUGUAAAUUCUUGGGAAGUUAUUGGAAAAGUUGGACAAUGCGCUUGGUAUAUGUUUUUGUAUUGUAAAAGUAACGUGUGUGCGCUUUAAAAAUUUGGAGAUGCUCAUGUAAAGAAAGGAUGCAAGAAAUAUUUAAAAAAUGUUAAAUCACUUAAUAAUACUGUAUUGUAACUUUUAAUGCUUAACCUGUUUUAAUAAAAGUAAUUGGACAUUA